AUGGCGUCAAUUGCAAUAUCUAUUCCAGAUGGAGAGGGAGUACGUGCUCUUCAAGAGAAAAAGAAGUACUUUCAGUUUUCUCAUCUUCCCAUUAUUUCUUAUCUAAAAGAUUCUCUUCCUCCCAUUGUUGCCUAUCUUAGAGAGAAGAAAACUAAGCAAGACUUGAGAAAACUGAUUCACAGUGUCAAGGUUGGAACUGCCCUCGUCUUGGUUUCACUUCUCUACCUACUGGAUCCUCUUUUCGGCCAUGUUGGAGAAAAUGCCAUGUGGGCUAUCAUGACUGUUGCUGUCAUCUUUGAGUUCUUCGCUGGUGCUACACUAAGCAAGGGCUUGAACCGUGGAAUCGGAACCAUUUUAGGAGGCGGACUCGGGUGUUUAGCGGCAGCUUUAGCUCAACAAGUCGGUGGAAUCGGCAACGCCAUUGUUGUUGGUGCUUCUGUUUUCAUUUUUUCUGCAGCUGCCACGUAUGUACGAUUGAUUCCGAGGAUUAAGAAGAAAUAUGACUACGGGGCCCUCAUAUUCAUCCUCACCUUCAAUCUGGUAGUGGUGUCUGGUAUACGCGCUGAAGAGGUAGUUACAUUAGCGCGUGAACGUCUCUCAACAAUCGCCAUGGGCUUCGCCAUCUGUAUUUUCAUAAGCUUGCUUGUUUUCCCGAUAUGGGCAAGCGAUGAACUUCACGACUCUAUGGCCUCUAAAUUCGAAGACCUCGCAAGCUCUGUUGAAGGUAAUUAA